CCUUAAAUUAUUCUCUCCAUUUUCUCAAUCUACCUUUCCAUUUAAGCCAAGUCCAGCUCAAAAGCACUGCACCCUCUGCAACACAAAGCAAGAACAUAACGAGCUUUCAUCAUGACUCUGCCUUUACUUUUAUCUUCUCUCCUCUUUCCCAUCGCACACUCUUCAACCCAACGUGCAGAAUAAUGACCUUUUUCUUUUUCUGUCUUUCUUUUCUCUAACUUACAGGUUGUUACCUAUCUUCUCUCUCUACAAUUUAAUCUUCUCUCUACCUUUAAUUGUGGGGUAGUGUUCCAUGCUCAAAUAAAUAGGUUUGGGAGUUUGUAUAGUUCUUGUAACUGUCUGGUGGGAGAUUUUAUUCAGAUAGAAAUGUGAGGUAUUUGAUGAGAGAGAGAUACCCAACAAGAAUUUGAGGCCAAGUUUUAUGAGAGAGAGAUCCAAACUGUAAUUUGAGGUCAAUUAGAGAAAACCCACGUGAGAAUUGAGGUCAAUUAGAGAAAACCCAAGUGAGAAUUGUGACCGUAGUUCGUGAAUUUCGUGAUGGGUUUGACAGGGGAAUUGGUUAAAAAUGUGUUUGUGAAGAGCCGACAUGUGGCUUCGAGGAGCAGCAGUUCAAAGGGUGUGGGGGUCGAUAAGAGUAAAUGGAGCUUGGUUCGGUCGUACUUGUGUGGAGACGACUUCAAUUCAGUUCUCGCAGAGGAAGACACUGAGUCAAUAAGGAGCUCAGAACCAACUGUAACACAACUUGUAACAGAAGAAGGUUCUGAGAUUGAACAAAGUCAAAUUCAACGCAGCGAGUCGAUCAAGAGUUCUGAGGCCACUGUAACACAGCCUGUGAUAGAACCUUCAGAUACUGAACAAAGCCAUGCUCAUGUUUCUGAGGAGGAAUGUGAAGAUUUGAUGAAGGAAAAGUCAGCAAUUGAAGGGCUCAAGAAAGAGAAAGCUGCACUGGUUAUCCAAGCGGCAUUUAGAGGCUUCUUAACUACCCGCCAACAGAGAGAAACAAAAGAGUUGGAUUCUGUAAAUGAAGUGGAAGGAGAGGGAAAUGCAAACAUGGAGACAAUGGGCAGUAGAGUUGAAGCUCAAGUGGGGGAUUCUGUUUCCUUUCUUAAUGUUCCUUCGCGAAGUGGGACUGUAAGACGCCGGGUGCAACAUAAGCGCCAGAUCCAUGUCCGAAAGAUCAAGGAAGACUGGGACGACAGCACAAUGAGCACCAAUGAGUUAAAGUUAAGAAUUCAGAAUAAACUUGAAGCAAUGACUAGACGUGAGAGGGCCUUGGCAUAUGCCUUCUCUCAGCAGUUAAGAACUUGCACAAAGAGGAACAUGGUCAAAACCGAGAGCUCGGAUCAAAACAUAGGAUGGAGUUGGUUGGAGAGAUGGAUGGCCACCCGUCUUCGAGAGAGCUCAAAGAUUGAUGCAUGUAACUUUCCUGAGCCAAUCUCUCUUGAUAAGAAGCUCUCAGUGAAAUCCACUGUGGAUGAAGAGAGAGAGGCAGUGGAGAGCUGUGCUUCAAAUGAUAUCUCCAAUGCUUACGAUUCAUUUAUAAAAGCAGCUGAUCAGACAAAUGUAGAUGGAUAUGGACCACUUAGGAACCGGGCUACAGCCACAAGAAGUGCAUCAAGGCAUCAAGUGGCACCUAGCUACUUAGCUACUACUCAUUCAGCGAAGCUUAAAGCCCAUGAUAUGUCUGGUGCAAAAUGUAUCUUAAGUUCAUGAGUUUCUUAAGCUGAAUGUGUAGUUUCUCUUAAAUUUCUCAAGUUAAAGCCGUUUCAUGGAUCUUCUGAUAACUUAAGGAAGUCUUUUCAAAGUGA